UAUAGCUUGCAAUAAUUCUUAUUUUGAGGAAACACGAAUUUUCGUCUUUAGAAGUUACUCUGAUAUUCCUUCUUAAUUGGCUCGAUAACGUUGUGGGAAAAGGUUUUAUUGUAUAAAUAUGGCAACUCAUCUCUUGCUGUGAAAAAGAAAUGUGUCUAGUUUCAGGUCUUUUGUGCACAUUUUCUGUGGUAAUUGGGCUAGAAAUUUAGCUUGACCUGGCAACCCUGCUGGAGAGAGAAGGGAGGGAACAAAAAGGAAACGUCGGAUGCUGAAGAGCGGGAGGUUGGGUCGACUCGACCGAUAAGUUUCACAUUUAGAACAAUCUCUGAGACAUUUAUUUAGCAGAUAGUUGAUUGUUAGAGUAAUAGAGAAGCUAUAUCGUAGUUCUUUAUUGACAGGAAACGAGGAGCUAAUUUCAGGGUGAGUUGUUAGCCAGCUAACGUUAGCUUGCUAGCAUCCAAGUGCGAGAGCAGAAUCUGCACCGAAGCACUAUCAUCAUUGGAUGCAAAAAAAAUCGGAGCCGUGCAGCCUCCGUGCGCAAGGAAAUAUUCAUGUUAUAUUGACAAGAACUAGCCACCAUCAGAAGCUUCCAGGUACAAGGGGAUGAGUGGCGAUGAGAUGAACCCAGCAGCAGUGGCCCAGGCAGUGGAGGAUAUACAGGGAGACGACCGCUGGAUGGCCCAGCACACGCGGUUUGUUCAGGAGUGUAAGGAUGCAGAGCCAGAGGUGCUGUUUAUUGGAGACUCCAUGGUGCAGCUAAUGCAGCAGUACGAGAUCUGGCGGGAGCUCUUCUCUCCUCUGCACGCGCUCAACUUUGGCAUCGGGGGAGACACCACCUGUAAUGUGCUGUGGAGGCUGCAGAAUGGAGAACUGGACAACAUUGGGCCUAAGGUGACGGUGGUGUGGGUAGGAACCAACAAUCAUGAGCAUUCGGCAGAGCAAGUUGCAGGGGGAAUCCUUGCCAUUGCACAACUGCUCACCUCCCGUCUUCCUAAGACUAAGGUUGUUGUUCUGGGUCUGUUGGCACGGGGCGAGUGGCCCAACCCACUGCGGGAGAAGAACGUGGCGGUGAACAGCUUCCUGCGUUCCUGGCUGCCACGGCUGGGCCAGACCCAGUUCCUGGAUGUGGGGGCGGGCUUCGUGCACUCUGACGGGACCAUCUCCACCAGGGACAUGUUUGACUUCCUGCACCUGACAGCGGCGGGCUACCGGGCCAUCGCCAAGCCCCUCAUUGACCUGCUGCGGCAGAUACUGGAGGAGACGCCUGAGGAGAAGAGGGCCUCGCUGCUCUGAGGGCCUCGCUGCUCUGAGGGCCUCGCUGCUCUGAGGGCCUCGCUGCUCUGAGGGCCUCGCUGCUCUGAGGGCCUCGCUGCUCUGAGGGCCUCGCUGCUCUGAGGGCCUCGCUGCUCUGAGGGCCUCGCUGCUCUGAGGGCCUCGCUGCUCUGAGGGCCUCGCUGCUCUGAGGGCCUCGCUGCUCUGAGGGCCUCGCUGCUCUGAGGGCCUCGCUGCUCUGAGGGCCUCGCUGCUCUGAGGGCCUCGCUGCUCUGAGGGCCUCGCUGCUCUGAGGGCCUCGCUGCUCUGAGGGCCUCGCUGCUCUGAGGGCCUCGCUGCUCUGAGGGCCUCGCUGCUCUGAGGGCCUCGCUGCUCUGAGGGCCUCGCUGCUCUGAGGGCCACACACCCACACAGCCAGGGGCAUGCCUCACUCAUUCACUCUGCUGGGGAGUAGCUGGAAUUUGACUAAAACCACUAAUCCAGGAUCUGGUCCUAGAUCUGAUCUGUUGCUAGAUCUGAUCUGGUCCUAGAUAUAUCCUAGAUCUGAUUUGGUCUUAGGUCUGUUGUUAGGUGCAAGAUCUCUGGCAACUUCUACCUCUACAGGGAACGGGGGGGGGGGGGGGGGGGGGGGGCUGGUAGUCAGGGAUGAGGCAUGCUCCUGUCUAUUGAGAUGGGGUCAGAUCAAGAUGUCACUUGCUGGGCCAAGCAAAGAGAAUGGGCACACAUAUGAGUGGAACUGGAAGUGCAGGAGAGGAGGGGGAGUGCAUGGGUUCAUGUGCAUGUGUGCAGGGAGACAGAGUUGACGGUGUGGAGAAGUGAAAGAGAGCGAGACAACAAUACUUCCAGAGACAUCGUACGCGCUAUAGCAGCAACAGAGGAUAGAGAGAGAUCGGACACCUGCACAAGCUGUAUAAAGAGGCUAAUGGCAUACAUGCAUAGACUCUGAGAGAAGAGAGACACAGACACUGUAGUAGACUCUAAAAUGUCAGCUUUGCCAAUUGAAAUGUAAAUUAGCUUCCUACUUGGGCACAGCUUAACAGCACAGUAAUAAACACUCCUAUAUAUUCCCUCUCAGAAAUCUGUUUGAGUUGGCUCCAUAUGCCACAGUCUAAACCAACAGCCCUUUAAAAGCUUUAAACCGCCAUCCGAGUACCAAGUUUAAUCUUCUCUCCUCCCUCCCUCACUCUGUGCCUUGAAACAGUGAACAGUGAAGUCCAGCUAUCCUCCCAUACUUGCCACACACACACACACACACACACACACACACACACACACACACACACAUCGGCUUUCUCUCCCUUUCUUACACAUAGGAAACUACACUCUCCUACAGACUCCAAUACCUGCUUACUCUGUCUCUCGCCUACUCUUAAUUUCUGUCCCUAUUUUGUCUCGUUGUGUGUAGCAUACAGAACUCCGACCCAUCCCUGUCCACACUACCACCUGCCUCCUAACAUAUGACAUUGUCGCAGGACGUCUUAAACAGUAGCAUCAUGAUAAAUCUUCUGACAUAGAAUUACAUAGAUUUUAUAGUCUACUACUACACUAAAACCCAACCACAGGUCACAACCCUGUUUUGUCUCUUCCUGGUGCAGUUGAACUGAAGUGGUUUCUGAGGUCCUCUUGCUCUCAUGUUACUAGCUACUGUCUUUAAGGAAAUGUAGCUCUUUUUUUUUUCAACCAAAUCUCUGUUUUGAUGUAGAUGGCAAAUUUAUAGAAGGGUUUAAACACUUUUUUUUCUUUUGCUAUUUCACUCGUUUUUGAGAAACUUACCCCAGCCAUCAUUUCCUCGUCCUGCAGUACUGGGGCUCUGAACAAAUGCUCCAAAAACGCCCAAAUACGUCCUUUUAUAAAUGGAAACGCUCUCAGUAUAGUGAUGCAGGUCUUUUGAACUUUAUGCGCAACUUUAUAUUUCAUUUUGUGCUACUCAAGCCGUCAAGCCCCUAUCCAGCUGUUUCAUUUCCCAUGUAGCCUGUUGCUAGAAUGGGCGGAGAGAUAUCACUCGAGUUGUCUUUCAUGUGUACAACAUCUAAAGACCUGCAUCACUAUACUGAGAGCUUUUCUGUUUUUAAAAGGAUGUAUUUUGGUGUUUUUGGAGCCUUUGUUCAUGUUUUUUUGGAGCCCCCGUACUGCACAUCGAGGAUAAGGAAGUGAAUUGCUGGUUGGGGUAAGUUUCUCAAAAACAAGUGAAAUCACCAAGUGUCUGGACAUGCCAUAUACAUUUUAAUUUUUUUAUGAUUUGGUUGUAAAAAGCUAAAUUGUCCUUUAAGCUCUACACGUAUUCUUCUUGUGCUCUGCCUGCCUGCGUGUGCGUGUGUGUGUGUGUGUGUGUGUGAACCUUCAACACUGGCUUGGGUGAGAAGUGUGUACAGUAUGUGUCACUUAUGGUUGGUUGUAUGACUGUUUAGAAGUGACCCAUUUGUAUAUAAUACAUAUAUGUGAAGCUUGGAUAGAUGGCCUUGUAUUGCGGAUGUGGUAGUGUUUGUAAGGUAAUUAACGUUAGCGAGUAUCUGUAUUUGGUGCAAACUGCGCUAUAUUUGGCUUAUUCUCACAUGCUUAAGUGUUCCAAUAAAGGACCAUGAAUGUACAUAA